GAUGAUGAUGAAGAGGAGUGGCACACUUCACUGAAACUUCCCUGAGUGACGCGCACUGGUUCCUCCUCCCUGUUAACAGCGAGGAGAAGAGAAGAGAAAGUUUCCUCCCCUGACUUUUAAUUCCCCCUCAUGUGUAGCAGCAGCGAUAGUUUGACGAGAGAGUUUUCAAACGGGGAAAGAAAGUUUGGACAUGAAAACACUCAGCUGGUAGAAAAGAGUUUCCAUCAUGAAGCCACUGCUGUCUGUCUCUCUGUGGACUCUCCUGCUCUCCAGCGCGCUUCUCCUCGAGAUCUCCCAAGCAAAAUGUGUCAGUAGUGAAUGUGGAAGCAAUGAAACAGAAGCGUUAAAAACAUUAACAACAACAACAACGACGGUCACGUUUGUAUCCAGUCCAAACUGCAACAUCUCCACUGACAACAAUAUCUCUGGAAAUGGAUCGAUAACUGGUUUGACUCCUGGAGCAGUCUACCCAAUCUUCCUCAAAUGUUUGAACUGCUGCAAAGAGGCCACCACAAAGCCUGGAGUUGUCAGGAACCUCUCUGUCACUGAAAUCACAACAUCCUCCAUAUCUCUGAACUGGACUGAACCAGAGGGAAACAGCUCUUCCUAUAGAGUACAGUGGACUGAUGGAAAUGUACCUGGCAGUAACAAUGUGAAUCAAACACAUACAACCAUCACUAACCUGACUGCUGGUGUCCAUUAUGAAAUAACUGUUACUGCAGUGGCAGAUGAUGGCCUUACUGAAGGACAGAAAGACACUGUUUCUCAGUACACAAAGCCUGAAGUAGUCAGGAACCUCUCUGUCACUGAAAUCACAACAUCCUCUAUAUCUCUGAUGUGGACUAAACCAGAGGGAAACAGCUCUUUCUAUAGAGUACAGUGGACUGAUGGAACAACUAACUACAGUGUCAAAGUCACUGAAACAAACAUAACUAUCACUGAGUUGACUGCUGGAGUCCAGUACAAUUUUACUGUCAUAGCAGUGGCUGCAGAUAACAAAACAGAAAGUGAAGGGGCUCAGACUUUUCACUAUACAAAGCCUGAAGUAGUCAGGAACCUCUCUGUCACUGAAAUCACAACAUCCUCUAUAUCUCUGAAGUGGACUAAACCAGAGGGAAACAGCUCUUUCUAUAGAGUACAGUGGACUGAUGGAAAUGUACCUUACAGUAACAAUGUGAAUCAAACACAUAUAACCAUUACUAACCUGACUGCUGGUGUCCAGUAUGAAAUAACUGUUACUGCAGUGGCAGGUGAUGGCAGUACUGACGGACAGAGUACCACUGUUUAUCAAUACAUAAAGCCUGAAGUAGUCAAGAACCUCUCUGUCACUGAAAUCACAACAUCCUCUAUAUCUCUGAAGUGGACUGAACCAGAGGGAAACAGCUCUUUCUAUAGAGUACAGUGGACUGAUGGAACAACUAACUACAGUGUCAAAGUCACUGAAACAAACAAAAAUAUCACUGAGUUGACUGCUGGAGUCCGGUACAAUUUUACUGUCAUAGCAGUGGCUGCAGAUAACAAAACAGAAAGUGAAGGGGCUCAGAUGUUUCGCCAUACAAAGCCUGAAAUAGUCAGGAACCUCUCUGUCACUGAAAUCACAACAUCCUCUAUAUCUCUGAUGUGGACUAAACCAGAGGGAAACAGCUCUUUCUAUAGAGUACAGUGGACUGAUGGAAAUACUAACUACAGUGUCAAAGUCACUGAAACAGAGAAAAAUAUCACUGAGCUGACUGCUGGAGUCCGGUACAAUUUUACUGUCAUAGCAGUGGCUGCAGAUAACAAAACAGAAAGUGAAGGGGCUCAGAUUUUUCGCCAUACAAAGCCUGAAGUAGUCAGGAACCUCUCUGUCACUGAAAUCACAACAUCCUCUAUAUCUCUGAUGUGGAUCGAACCAGAGGGAAACAGCUCUUUCUAUAGAGUACAGUGGACUGGUGGAAAUGUACCUUACAGUAACAAUGUGAAUCAAACACAUAUAACCAUUACUAACCUGACUGCUGGUGUCCAGUAUGAAAUAAAUGUUACUGCAGUGGCAGGUGAUGGCAGUACUGAAGGAAAGAGUACCACUGUUUCUCAAUACACAAAGCCUGAAGUAGUCAAGAACCUCACUGUCACUGAAGUCACAACAUCUUCUAUAUCUCUGAUGUGGACUAAACCAGAGGGAAACAGCUCUUUCUAUAGAGUACAGUGGACUGAUGGGAAUGUACCUCACAGUAACAAUGUGACUCAAACACAUAUAACCAUUAGUAACCUGACUGCUGGUGUCAAGUAUGAAAUAAAUGUUACUGCAGUGGCAGGUGAUGGCAGUACUGACGGACAGAGUACCACUGUUUCUCAAUACACAAAGCCUGAAGCAGUCAAAAACCUCUCUGUCAGUGAAAUCACAACAUCCUCCAUAUCUCUGAAUUGGACUAAACCAGAGGGAAGCAGCUCUUUCUAUAGAGUACAGUGGACUGAUGGGAAUGUUCCUCACAGUAACAAUGUGACUCAAGCACAAAUAACCAUCUCUAACCUGACUGCUGGUGUCCAGUAUGAAAUAACUGUUACUGCAGUGGCAGGUGAUGGCAGUAGUGAAGGACAGAGUACCACUGUUUCUCAAUACACAAAGCCUGAAGUAGUCACGAACCUCACUGUCACUGAAGUCACAACAUCCUCCAUAUCUCUGAAGUGGACUGAACCAGAGGGAAGCAGCUCUUUCUAUAGAGUACAGUGGACUGAUGGGAAUGUGUCUGACAGCAAAAAUGUGACUCAAGCACAAAUAACUAUUCCUCACCUGACUGCUGGUGUCCAGUAUGAAAUAACUGUUACUGCAGUGGCAGGUGAUGGCAGUACUGACGGACAGAGUACCACUGUUUCUCAAUACACAAAACCUGGUGAAAUUGGGGAACCUACUGUGUCCACAAACACCUCCUCCAUCUCUCUGAACUGGACCUCACCUCCGGGUGAGGUGUUCAAGUACAGGGUGGAGUGGCACAGUGAUGGAGCUACGAUAAAGAUAUUUACCUAUGAUACCUUUGCCGUGCUAUCAGACCUGAUCCCUGGUACUAGCUACACAAUCUCAGUCAUUGCCAUCGCCAGAGACAAUCAGACAGAAGGAAACCGUCGCACAUUCACCUCAGUCACAAAACCUGCUUUGGUCGGGAAUCUCUCCAUCACUGAAGUCACAACAUCGUCUGUGUCUCUGGACUGGACUAAACCAGAGGGAAAUGCUACCUCAUAUACAGUUCAGUGGACUACAGGAGAAGACACCACCACUGAAACCUCCUUUACUAUCAACGGUUUAAUCCCUGGACACCAGUACAACAUUACAGUGGCCGCUGUUGCUGUAAAUUCCUCAAACAAAGGAAAAGAAACCUUCACAAGUACCUUCACAAGGCCUGCGAAGCCUGAGGACAUUACGAUUAUAGCACGAGGAACCGAUUACCUGAACAUCAGCUGGACUUUACCUGAAGGGAGGGUUGAACACUACGUGGUGAACAUCUUAAAUAAGACACAGAUAUAUUUGUAUAAAAACAUAACAACAGUCACCACGGCCCUCCUUACUGAUUUAGAUCCUGGGAGACUCUUUUAUAUCACAGUGACCGCUGUAGCUGGACUCUUCAAAGAGACGUCUGAUCAGGCUUCGCUUGCCACUGAGCCCACACCUCCGGGUUCCAUCAUCAUCAGUCAGAGGACAAACUCUUCGCUCCAUCUGAAGUGGGCGACUCCUGCUUCGAUGGAGGGCGCUCCACACAUCAGCUACCAUAUCACCUACCAACCAAAAGGUGGCGAAGUACAAAAUAAAAACGCCUCGGUCAACAGCACAGAGCUGUCCUCGCUUUUCUCUGGAACUUCCUACAAUAUAACUGUAGAAACAGUUGGACCCCAGAAUUUAAGGAGCACGCCUGUCCAUAUUUCUGCUUUCACUCAUCCCAACCCAGUGUUGAACCUUGUAGCCAGCCCUAAAUCCACUACCUCAGUAAAUGUGAAAUGGUCAGAACCGCAGGGAGCCCAGAUGUAUUACAAAUACCGGGUUGAAACCUACAAUACUACAGGAGCACUGUUUAACAUAAUAGUCAGCAAUAACAGCAUUGAUGUACCCGACCUGGAGCCAGGAACUAGAUACAAUAUCAAUGUCACGACGAUAGCAGCAACAGGAAGUGAAUCCACGGUGGAACAGACGUUCAGUUACACAAUGCCCAAAGCAGUGACCAACCUCACAGUCGAGGAUUUGAACACAACGGCCAUCCGGCUGACGUGGCUCAGACAAAGUGAUCAUAAGCCUUCCUACUCCUACCUGGUGAUAGUGCUCCAGGACGCCGUGGUGGUUCACAAUGAUUCAACUGAGACUGAGACUUACACCUUCUUCAAUCUGACCCCUGGAAAAUUGUACACUUUUGAUGUGUUUACAGUUGUAGGGGGCGUCAAGUCCGCGGUGGAAAGCACACCAAGUUACACAAAGCCUGGAGUAGUUUCUGACGUCAUAGCAAUAGGAAGCACAACCACCAUGUCAGUGAGCUGGACACCAGCAGAUGGGCAGGUGGACUCCUACACUGUCCUGCUGUACAGAGACAGGCUCUUGGUGGGAAACGGCACAGAUCUGAGCAACACUACCAAGAGCAAACAGUUUCAGCACCUGACACCAGGAGUGCUUUACUGUGUGAAGGUGGUCACCAAAAGUGGACCUUUGUGGAAUAGCGACGGACGUGUUUGCAACGCAACUUUUCCCAACCCUCCCGGCCCCAUCAUGGUGGACUUUCAGACUGUGGAGUCCAUCAACUUCACCUGGUCCUUUCCAGAGAACAUGGACCAUAAUCAGUGUAACUUCAGUGUGUCCAGCAUCAACGGAUUCUUUCUGAUUGGAACCAACUGGUUCCGGCUGGACAACCUCCAGUCUGGAAGCCCCUACAACAUCUCUGUUGUUACUAUAGGCGUGUAUAACUAUGAGAGCACCACAGUGACAACAGAGAACUAUACCAGACCAUAUCCUGUAACCAUGCUGAGACAGACAAAAAUCACCACAAAUGCAGUGACUUUGGCGUGGGAACAGCCGGAGAGCAAAUCUAGCUACCGGUAUGUGGUGAAGGCCACCAACGGCUCCUUCUAUUCAUCUGAAGAAGUGUUAAACAAACACAAAGAAAUCACUGGACUUCUCUCUGGGAGCAACUACAGCUUCACUGUCACCACACAGACAGCAGAUGGCACUGAGGCAGCAGCUGUGACGGUGUCCUACUUUACGCGUCCAUACAGUAUUGGACAGUUGGAAGCUGAAACCUUAAACACAACCGCUGUACGGCUGGUUUGGAUGAAACCACUGGAGUACAAAACUGAAUACACAUAUCGGGUCGAGUCUACAGGCUUUGGCUCCCAAAAAACGAAAAACGAAACCCUCGCAUUAGAAGUGACAGAGAUCUCACAGCUCAGCCCCGGGACCAACUACACCUUCUGUGUUUCUGUCAGGGCGGCGGAUGGCAUCGAAGGGGAAGCAAGCUGCACCGCACAGUACACCAAGCCCGAGGCAGUGCAACCCAGUGUCUCCAGCCAGGGCUCCAAUAGUUCGAUCCUGGUGCUGUGGACCAAACCUCCUGGGAAAGUGGAGCAUUAUAAGGUUUAUCUGAACAGCACGUCCACAGCUUUAAUUAAGGAGGUCGUGCUGAACUCCACCGAUACCUCCGUUCUGUUUGACAACCUGUCCGCUGGAAGACUUUACACUGUCGUGGUAACCACACAUAGUGGACCCUUCAAUGCAUCAUCUGGAUUCAUUACUAAUGCAACUUUCCCUAACCCUCCUGGACCGAUUGACAUCCUGGAAAAGACAACCAGCUCCAUUGCCAUCGUGUGGAAGGAGGCACCUCUGAUGACCGGUACGUCGUUCCACUACCAGUUGGGUAUCUCGCCGACCCAGGGAGGAGGAUACAUCAAUACCACCAACACCAGUCAUACUUUUGACUCCCUACGUUCUGGGACUCCCUUCAACUUCUUUGUAGCAACAGUGGGUGCGAUAGGUUUUGAGAGUGAGAGGGUUCAGAUCCACAUGGUCACUACAAGACCGUUCAGUGUGAGGUUUCUUGCGGCUUCUACAGAAGAGAAUAGCAUCACAGUCAUGUGGCACGUUCCUAACGAAUACAAGGAAAGUUAUCGUUACAAUGUGUCCUGGCAAAGCCCAGAUGGGACCCUUAUGAGUGGAGAACUACUACAAGAAAAUAAGACUAAUAUCAACAACCUGGUCUCUGGAGAACGCUAUAACAUUAGUGUCACCACAGAGACCUCUGAUGGAACCAAAGGUGCCCCAAGAUGGGUUUCCAACUGCACAAAUGCAAGCCCGGUGACAAAACUGAAAUGUGAAGGUCCAAACACAACAAACGCAAAUGUCAUCCUGUCCUGGACCAAACCCAGUGGCAAACACUCUGGCUUCCAGAUCAAUGUAGACAACGAUACCAUCACCACAAUAAGCACCUGUUGUGGCCACACCGUGUCCAACCUUCAACACAACACUGAAUACAAUCUGACUUUGGAGACUCAGAGCUGUGGAGCACCCAGCACCCCUGUGCCUCUUCUCUGCCAGACAGGCAUCACUAAUCCCCCCAUCCCAGGGAACUAUGAGUCACUGGUGGAGGUGGUCGAAAAGCUAUACAACAAGUUCAACCUUCAGAUUGACUCCAGCCUGCUGGACAACACCAAUGGACCAAUUACAGAUGUUGGGGUGCUGGUGACAAAUGCCCUCCCUAGUGACACUUCUAAUUUGGCAAAGUACGUGGGGAAAACUUACGAUCAGUGGAAGGCAAAGGAAACUCCAGUAUACCUGGCAACAGUUGCAAAGAACACCUUCUCUUCCAAACGCAGUGGAGAGAGCCACCUGAACAUAGAAGUUGGAAAUGGAUCCAGUUGGAAAGGCUACACUAAUGGUGUUUUGGAGGCCAAUGGAAAAUACCAAUAUGCUAUUGUGUUGUUCACCAGUGUGAAACUGAAAGACAAAGACAACCUUGUGGAUGGUCAACAGUCAUUGUUGAGUAUAACAAACUUCUAUUAUGCUGUUGCGCUCCCGCAGAACCCAGCUGUCAACAUUGGCAUUGCUGUCGGAUUAACGUUGGGAAUCUUUUGCGUUCUCUUCAUCAUCCUCGUCGGCUUCAUUAUCUACUGGAAAAGGAUAUCCAACAAAGAAACAUCAGACAUCCAGAUUCAUUCCAUGAGAGCCAAAGUAAGUGUGGCUGUGAGGGUGGAGGACUACGAGGCUUACUACAAGAAGCAGAAAGCAGACUCCAACUGUGGCUUUGCUGAAGAGUUUGAGGACCUGAAGCUUGUUGGUACAGCUCAGUCGAAAACAAAUGCUCUGACGUUGGAGAACAAGCCCAAGAACCGCUACAACAACGUGCUUCCCUAUGACUCCUCUAGGGUGAAACUCUCUAUUAUCCAUGGGAGUCCAUAUGACGACUACAUCAAUGCUAACUACAUGCCGGGUUACAACUCCAGGAAGGAGUAUAUCGCAGCUCAGGGUCCUUUGCCAACCACAGUCAACGAGUUCUGGAGGAUGAUCUGGGAGAAGAACGUACAGACUCUGGUCAUGCUGACACGCUGUAAUGAACAAGGACGAGUGAAAUGCGAGCAAUACUGGGAUUAUGGCACCAAGUACUAUGAAAACAUCACUGUGACAGCAACCUCUGAAAUACCACUUGAAGACUGGACCAUCAGGGACUUUGUCAUUAAAAAUGUGAAAACAGCAGAAACCCGUGCAGUGCGUCACUUCCAUUUCACAGCCUGGCCAGAUCACGGAGUACCCCAAACCACCGAGCUCCUUAUCAGCUUCAGACACCUGGUCAGAGAGCACAUGGACCAGUACUCCAGACACUCUCCUACUGUGGUGCACUGCAGUGCUGGCGUUGGACGCACAGGUACCUUCAUUGCCAUCGACCGUUUGAUCUUCCAGAUUGAAAGGGAAAAUAUUGUGGAUGUGUACGGCAUCGUCCACGAUCAGCGCAUGCACCGGCCCCUCAUGGUGCAGACAGAGGACCAGUACGUGUUCUUAAACCAGUGCUCCAUGGACAUCAUCAGAUCAAGAACUGGAACCAAUGUUGAUCUAAUCUACCAAAAUGCCGCUGCACUCUCCAUUUACGAGAACUUCGAACCAAAAAAAGGUUUCCCCAAAAAUGGGUACCGCAAUGCAUAGUCCCGAGAAACCACUCAGGUCUUCUGUCUUCACUCUCAGCGAGAAACUGAGCAGAAAUUUCCAAAGGGAACACUUUUAACAGAUUGUGCUGUAUUUAUUUUUUAAAUCUGCCAUGCUUUCGUUAAGAAUCUUGUAGCUUUCUGGAUUUAAACCUCUAUUUGUUGGUAUUUAUUUGUUGAAAAUGUUAAAUAUUUGAUAGAGCUGUAUAUGGAGAGAUAAUAGGGGACAUAAUCACUGACCAAAAAUAUUUGGAUUAUAUAUUAACUGGUCAAAUAUAAAAUUGGAUUUUCUAUUAUAACUGCAGAUUUUUGUAUUGCUCAAUUGUUUUUUUGCUUGUCUACUACUGUAUAUGACUUACUGAUGAUUACAUUUUUGCUCAGGUAAUAUGUCGGAUGCUGUAUAGGUAUUAUUACAGACACUUUGACAAAGAAAUCUUGUAAUUAAUUGAACCUUUGGAAUUGCCUUGUACAAAGAAUUGCUGUAAUGAAUACUGUGCCUUUUCAAAGCCUGUAUGCUUUAGUGCCAGUAGGUGGCACUCCAUUAUUUGUCUUAAACUGAAAAAGACAAACAGGGACUGUUAUGAUAUUGCCUUGUUACGUUUAAGUUUCUUAAUAUAUCAUAGUUUGUUGAAGUUUGUCAGAUCUUCCAGCCAAUACAUCUUGCACCUCUUAAGCCAAUUUGAACUGUGCAAUGCCUUUAAAUGAAGGAGAUUUGUUUGUUUGUUGUAGAGACUUUUGUAUAUGUAUGCACUGUAGUGAAUAAUGCACUGGAUGCAUUUGCCUUUCUAUACACUGUCCACUUUUUUUAAACAGAUGCUGUUUUUUAUCUGCAUCAUUGAUUACGUUUUGGCCAGUAAUUUGUGAAACUGUUUUGCUAUUCGCCACAUUGGAUUGGCUUGGAUUGGAUUUUACUUUAUUAUUUUUUUUUCUUUUGAUUAAAGAGAUGGAUCGCAUUAAACACAAGCUCAGGAACUCAAACAAACGGCACAUGGGAGGUAUGAUGUUAGAAAAUACAUACUGCACUAGUGUGUACUUUGAAGAACUUAGAGGUCACGCCCGUUGUUUUCGUUUUGUUAAUGUCCUUCUUCUCUACAUUGUACAUUCCUCAAAGAAACAACCAUGUUAUGUCACUUCCUGCUGCAUAUCUGCUCUAUAUAUAGACAUUUCCUGUGAUGUUAAAAAUCACCAGAGGAGCUUUAUUUCCAGCUUCUAAAGGGAAGAAUUUUCCAUGAGGAAGGUACUUUUUUUUUUUUUUAAAGAUAAUUGAUGUGUGUGUGGUUAGCUUGUUGAUAUUUUUAAGUCCAUGUUUUAUUUUUAUUGUGUCAUAAUGUACUUGUAUGAUUGAAAGCACUUAAUGAAAACAAGAAUAGUGAAUAGUCACAAAGUUGUAGGAUGUUUUUGAAAUGCUUUAUGAGAUGCUUGCUGGUACAAUGCAAAUACAUGUAAAAGGAGCAAGGAUGUGAUAUCUGUGUACCCUCCAAUCUGUAAAACAAAAUGGGAUUAAAGAUGUUAUUACAUUUUUA